GCGGGGCCCUGGGAGCUCGGCGCCGUUCGGCGCUCGGUGCGGCGCUGGGCUCUGGGGGGUGGCGGCUCGUUCACCAGCGCUGGGAGCCGUGUCCCGCACCGCGGUGUUUUUGGUGUACUGCUCUGUAAUGUCGUAAGAGUAUGAAGCAGAACAGCAUCCAUUUCCAGACAUCCCCGAAUCAGCACAGAAAUCUGUGAGUUUGGAAGCAGAAAUGUUGCAGCCAUUAUGUACAGAACAGUUUUACCCAUCCCCUGCAGCUGAUGCAGUUGUCCAACAGUUGCUUCCCAUACCUGAGGCAGCCCUCCUUCCAGAAGCACCUGAUCCAAAAACAUGUUCUCCUCAAGAAUAUUUAGAGUACUACAUAUUUCCAGUACUCUUACCCGGAAUGAUUGAACUUCUGCAUCAAGCAAAGAAGGAAAAGUGCUUUGAGAGAAGAAGGACCAAAUUUAUUGCCUGUGAUUUCCUAACGGAGUGGUUAUACAACCACAAUCCAAGGAGGAAAGAUGAGUCAUUUACAGAGUUCUUUUCCAUCCCUUUUGUUCACGACUGGCUAAAGGACCAUCCCAGGCAACCAUUGCCUCUGUCUUUCUUUCUAUCAGAAGAAGAAGCAAGCAUAAUAAUUCAGGCAUUCUGGAGAGGUUAUCGGGUCCGUUGUGACAAGGAAGUACAAGAGCUGCGUCAGUGGCAAAAGCAGUUGAGAGAUGAAAAAAUCAUUUUUCAAAGAGUAGAAGAAUUCUGGGCUAGGCAGGAAGCCAAAGCUUCCAUCCAACGCGGAGACCUCUGAAGUUGCUGCUAAAACAUGUGGAGGGACAACACCUUCCUGACCCAGCGCUGUCACACGAGUGCUCUUUUCCUUCAUGCCUGUUCUACAUCCGGAGGAAACAUCAAGACCCAAAGAAAAUAAAGAUAGGUGGACAUAAAUAAAGAGGUAAAGUACCCAGACAAUAUAACCAAAGCCUUUUUUUGUGGACUGCCAUAGCAGUGUGGCAACUAUUGGCUUGGAUACUAAAGCAGUUUGAGUAGUAUCCAAAUCCUUUCUCCAGCUGUGAGGCAUCAGCAGAACACAGCCUACCCUCCUCAACACCAUCAGGUGAUUUCCAUCACUGCUCAGAUAAGCAGCCCUGGAUAUUUUCUGAUAUGUGUUUAACUUUCAGCAAUGCUUUGGAUCUCCUGAGCGACCAGUUUGCUGGCUUUUUCGGUACUCGCUCCAACAUUUUCAUGGCAAAUCUUCUUUACGUGUCAUCACACACUGUUCUGUGUCACCCAAUGGUUGUGACAAGGAAAGCAGCCAUUACUGUGAAACCUGUCUGUGCAUAUUCUGUUAGCAUGUUAAAGUCUUCAGAACAAAGACUCUCUUUGAACAUGUCUAUAUGCCACCUUGCAUCUUUUUUUCCAAUCAGUGUCACAGAGGACACUGAGUCCUACUUUAAUGGUAGUAUGAUUAAUAGUAAUUAUUCUAUUGCUGAAGAGACCGAGCCUUUGUAGCAUGGAGAACUCUUUUUCUUCUUUUUUUU